GUAUGAUGCAUUCACGUGCAGCACGCGACUGGUUGCAAUUUUGAACUUUUUCUUUUUUUUUUUCUUUUCGGACCGAUAUACACUUAUACCCGGACCCGUAGCGCUGAUCCAUCUCUUGCUGUCCACCGCGCGUAAAACCCGGUUUUGCGCGUCAGGAGGAACCACAAACCCCCGCAGAGGUAUCUGAGCUCGAACAUCAAGAUGGAGAACUUUACAGCGUCAGCUCCGGAGCUCAACCACACGUUGGGGUUCUGGACGGACUACAGCCUCCAGUACAAAGUGAUAAGCAGCUUACUGCUUCUCGUGAUCUGCGCGUUGGGGAUCGUCGGCAACGUGAUGGUGGUCCUGGUGGUGCUCACGACCAAACACAUGCGGACCCCCACCAACUGUUACCUGGUGAGUCUGGCGGUGGCCGACCUGAUGGUGCUGACGGCGGCCGGUUUGCCGGCGAUCACCGACAGCAUUUUCGGGUCGUGGGUGUUCGGCCACUACGGGUGUCUGUUUAUCACCUACUUCCAGUACCUCGGGAUCAACGCGUCCUCGUGCUCCAUCACUGCGUUCACCAUCGAGAGGUACAUCGCCAUCUGCCACCCGAUCAAAGCGCAGUUCCUGUGCACGCUGUCCCGGGCCAAGAAGAUCAUCCUGUUCGUGUGGGCGUUCACCUCCCUGUACUGCGUGAUGUGGUUUUACCUGUCCGACAUCCAGCAGCUGGUGUACGACAACGUCACCAUCGUGGCGUGCGGCUACAGGGUGCCCAGGAGGUUUUACCUCCCGGUCUACUUCUUCGACUUCGGCGUCUUCUUCGUGCUGCCGCUGCUGCUCUCCGCGGUGCUGUACGGCCUCAUCGCCCGGAUCCUCUUCCUCAACCCGCUGCCCUCCGACCCCAGGGACAAGAAGAAGAAGAAGAAGAACGGACCCAACAACAACAACAACAACAAGAGGACCAGCUGCAAGAACUCGCGCCACUCCAGCUCCACCGCAACCUCGCGCAGACAGGUGACCAAGAUGCUGGCCGUGGUGGUGAUUCUGUUCGCCACGCUCUGGAUGCCGUACCGCACUCUGGUGGUGGUCAACUCCUUCCUGGACCGCGCCUACCUGGACAGCUGGUUCCUGCUCUUCUGCCGUGUCUGCAUCUACCUCAACAGCGCCGUCAACCCGGUCAUCUACAACGCCAUGUCGCAGAAGUUCCGCGCUGCCUUCCGCAAGAUCUGCCGCUGCGGGAGGAAAGGCUCGGACAAGCCCGCCGCCUACAGCGUGGCCCUCACCUACAGCGUGGUCAAGGACACGUCGAUGGUGGAGAGCGUCGACCACUUCACCACUGAGCUGGAGGAGCUCACUGUCACGGACGAGCUGCUGUCGGACCAGAAGAUGAUGUACCAGGACCCCUGUGCGUACCGCAAGGGGGAUUUCAGCGACGCCUGA